AUGCUAUCUUCAUACUGGACACCGACACCGAUCCUAUUGAAAUUGUUCAGGAGUACACUUAUUUCAAGCUACAACAGUGUGAGAGUAGAUAUUCAUGGAGGUUUUGAUGGACCGCUGAACCCCUUAGUUGCCAAUGCUGAACUGAAAGCUUCGUUAGACAAACUGUCAUCAGAGUGUAAUGACGUGUCAGAUAUUACCAUCCAAUAUUAUGCCACAGACAUGCCAGACAAACUUCCUACAACACUGGAAGACUUGGAGUCUUUGAUUGAUAAUUUCCCUUCUAGAUUGGAACGUAUUAACAAUGGCAGAGGGAUUCCCAUGAAGUUCGAACUCCUACCCACAAAGGACAUUAUUCCAAUUGCAACAGCAUACAUACAGCAAAGAGUCUCGGAUUAUAAAAUGGAGGAAUUGGAAAACCGCUUUGAUGACCUUCGCAACGCUCGGACUUACGCUAAAAGAUACCUGGAGAGUGUCGAAGAAACUGGUGAUGAUAUUCAGAGAUUCAUCUCUAAGGUGAACGAACACUUGCGUGAUUUCUAUUCGGCAAUUUCUGCUUUGAACAAGAGUGAGGGACAGGAGCUGGUAGAUGCUUGUCUGGACGCUUACAAGCAAGCCUUGGACGGAUAUGAUGUCGAGGGAAAAUUUGUCCGGAGGUGGAACAAAAUAUUGAGCACAAAGGUUAGCAAAAGUUGUAUAUACUGUUUAGAUAUACCGCAUUAGUUUGAUUUAAGAUCACAAACAUUGCCUUGUGGUACAACAAACUCCUGCGUUUAAAGAAAAGAGACGUGCACCCUGAACAAAGAUGGCCAGCAAACUUUAGCUUCAAACAGAGCUGACUGAGAAUGUACAGAUCGAAGUUUAAACAACUGAACAGGCCA